GCCGCGAGGGUGCGCGCUGCAGCUGAACGAGGGGGCGCAGCGAGCUCCUAGCCAUACCAUUUUCAUGCAGAACCUCUCGACCUGGGGGCCGAGGUUGAAGAAGAAGAUCGACUCGCUCAAAGAUGGCGUGAUCAUCUUCCCAGAGACGCAUGUCGGCAUCGAGGGCAUCAACGAGAUCGUGGAGCACCUCGACUUCAGGGGUUCCAUGGCGGUGGUCGCGCCGUCCACGAGGAACGAGCGCAACGAGUUGGCGGGCGGCAUCGGCGCGGCUAUGAGAGGUUUCCUGUCGGUGACGUCGAUGAGGAACGUCGCAUCGAAGAAGGGGCAGGCAGCGGGGCUCAGGCAGCUCGACAGGCAGUCGGUUCUCGCCAUCGGCGUGCAUCUAACAUCGUCGAUCGGCAUGCGCGGCGAGAACCAGCAGAAGAUGGCGCGCGUCGCGGCGCUCACACGCGGUCGCAGUGGGCCGUGGGCGGCGAUCGGCGACUGGAGCGCGGAGCCGACCGAGAUCCAGACGGCAGGGUGGCUCAAGCUGCUCGACGCGAAGGUGGUAGCGCCAGCAGACGUCAGCUACACGUGCACGCGCAAUCCAGCGCGGGUGCUCGACUACGUCGUGUGCUUGGAGUCUUUCUUGAUGAUCGUGGACGGAGUGGAUGCCGAUCGUCGCGACCCUGGCGACCACUGCGGAGUUAAGGCGCACUUGAAGGGCGACGCGAAGAUCGCGAUCCAGCGCAGCCUGCGACUGACCAAGCCCUUCCCGUUGCCCGAUUUGCCGGAGAAGAAGGCGGGCCCGAGCAGCAAGCGGUCCAGGCAGAAGGCGAAGAAGCAUAGCGAAUACGAGGCAGGUGCAUUGAGCGCUGCGAGGAAUGCGGAACCUCCGCCCUCUUCGGAGCCCUCCCUCCCAAGGUCUGGCGAAUGCGAGCGGCAGAAGGACGUGGUCGUCUGCGUGGCCGUGCCACUCGAGUGCCAGCCAAAGGACGAGAUGGGCGACCUCUUCGGGGAGUCGAGCGAGGAGGGCGGCGUUCUCAGCGAGGACGAUGGCGACGUGAGCGAGACAGCCCACAAGCCCCAGGCGGAGGAGAUCUUCGACCUGGCACUCGCCGAGCGCUGCGCCUUGUGGCAGGAGAAGUUCCGCGUGGCGAUCACAGACGACCGCGUCGCAUGGAGACAGCCAACGCAGUGCGUGAAGGAUGCGCUCGCCUUCGCCUUUGACGAGGCCGAAGCCGAGGAGCGGAGCAUCUACCUCGGGCGCGGAGAGGAGGUCCGGUUUAUGAAGGGCAAGGCAAAGCUCGGCAUCUGCGUUAGCGCCGACCUGGGCCCGUCCAUCAAGUGGGCUCUCAGCAGCACGAUGCCCAGCAGCGGCAUCAUCAAGAUGACAGCGAAGCAGAAGCGGAAGUGGCGAGUGGCUCUCAGCGACAUUUCCAACGUGUCUAAAGAGCAGGCGCAGCACCUCGGGGCGGCGGCGCUGACCACAACGAAGAAAGGGAAACGCACUGAGGUCGGCGAGGCCUUGCUGGCCUACACCAACUGGGUGCAAGAGCAGGAAGCGGCUGGCAGCGGCAAGCUGCGCCGAAAGACGAAGGACAAACCCAGGUGCGACAGCGAGGCACGCAGCCAGGGAGUCACCGCCUCGGGCAUGGUGGAAUACAUGGACGCGAAGGGCGCACAGUGGCGGAAGACGUGGAAGAGCAACUUCAGCUCGCAAGCAAUCCUGCAGCGCCUGGAGCAGUCGCGCGAGGCGGCGAUGGAGGAGGACUGGGCGCCCAUCACCAUCGAGAGCCCCAACGACGCCAUCGACGCGAUGGCAAAGAGCAAGGCGAAGGGCGUCGAGCAGAAGGGGGCCCUCGCCUUCAAGUGGCCCCCUCCUAACGCGCGAGAAGAGCUGCGCGGCGUCGUCGACGAGGUCGAGCGGGUCGGCACCUGGCCGCGGCAGCUGAUGGUCACGCUCGUCAGCCUGCUAAGGAAGGAGACUGGAGGAGACCGAUCGAUUAGGCUGCUACCUGAGGUGGUCAAGCUCUGGUCGAAGGCGCGCAGUGAGCACGCGAACGAGUGGGUCGUCGCCAUGGCGGGGAAGUGGGGCGCAGCGGUCGCAGGGAACAGCGCUCUCAAGGAGGCCCUGGUCCGCUCCUUUUCCGACGAAGUGAUCGAGUGGAUGCCGGCGAAGAUCUACUCGGUGACAGCUCUCUGGGACUUAGCGGAGUUCUACGACACCCUGGAGUCCCUCCUCAUCCUGGACGAGGGCCUCGGGCUCGGCUUACCAGCGCGCACUUUGCACCUGGAGAUGCUGAGCCACCUGGGCGGGCGCCUCAUCAGAGAGAGGACGGCGUGCGCUGAGCCGAUCGCGCCAGACAGAUCAAUCUGCGCGGGUGCGGGGCGAGGCAUCGACUUCGGCAGGGUCGCCCUCUACGGCGUGCUCGAGACGGUGAGCGACACGUACGAGCAGGUGCGUGUGCGGUCGUGGGUCGACGACGUCACGACGAGGAUGGAAGGCUCCAAGGGGGAAGUGAUCAAGCAGCUCGCGGGGGCUGGCGUGGACUUCGCCGCAGGCGUCAAGAAGGCGAAGCUGACCCUCUCCACCAAGUCGGCUCUCAUCGGCAACGACGUGGACGUGGUGCAGGAGGUGGCGCCCAAGCUCCACUCGCGCGCGGUCACGGUUACGGUGAAGAACCAGGCGGCCGACCUGGGCAUCGACCGCUGCCACAGCAUCGCGGGCGGCAAGGGCAAGCGCGCGAAGCGGGUGUUCGGGAUGGCACCCAGCACCGCGCUGAAGUGGCGGCGGAAGCUAGCAGCAGCCAUUGCCCCGAAGCUGAGGGGACGGUGCCUCGCGACGCUGCUGAGCCUGGAGAUCGCAAGAGGGGGCCCCGAGUUCGGGGCCGUUUUCGCGCUGCUGGUCUCGUGGGCGCACAUCAUCAGCGACAAGAUCAGGAGGCAGAAGGUCGGCAUCAUCUGGCAGAGGAUGUUCGAAAAGGUGUCGAAGCUUGACCCGAAGCAGCGCUGGAAAGGCGUGACGGGCAUCACCAGAGCGAUGGUCAACACGACGCUGGACCUGGGCGAGGACCCCACGGCUCUCGACGGCAACGUGGGCACGAGCGACCUCAAGCAGGCGAUCGCCAGCACCAUUAGGAAGCAGGCGGCCGAGCACUACGCAGGCGGUGGCCUGGAGCAGGGCGUCGACAUGCGCUCAGCGAGAGCACGCAUCCAGAGGUUCAGGAAGAAGGGCGGGUACGAGAAGGUCGGCGCGCAUUUGGAGUGCAUGACAG